AUGGCCAAUAGAGUUAAAAGGGAUAGAUAUGGCAGCCGUAUUGUGUAUGGUUUGGGGCUACAACAUCUUGCUAAGGUGUGUGAGAUUUGGGAUGGGACAAGAUGGCGAUGGCCAACGGCUAAUUCUUGGGCUUUGAUGGACAUGAAGGAUUCUAUCGACUUUGAUCCAAAGGAGGGCGAGGACGUGGCUGUUUGGAAGCCUAAUGCAUCCGGUAAGUUCUCUAUAAAAUCGGCUUGGGAGGUUACUCGUGUGCACCAACGCCAAGUGGAGUGGCAUCACCUUGUAUGGUUCCCAACAGCCAUUCCACGACACUCCAUGAUCACGUGGAUGGCAUGUAAGGAUUGGCUUCAGACCAAGGACAAACUGAUGAGGUAUGGAAUAGCCUCUAGCAAUGCGUGUUGUUUUUGUAAUCAUGGGCAAGAAACGAUCGAUCAUCUCUUUUUUGCUUGUCCUUUCACCCAAAGGAUUUGGAACUUAAUCUUUGAGCUCUCUUCUCUUGGGUAUGUCACCCAACCUUGGACCAAUUAUGUUGAGCACAUAGAUAGUAGGUGGAGGAAGAAAAAGCUAAAGUACUCUAUAGGGAAGCUAAGUUUGGGAGCCACCGUUUACUCUAUUUGGAGAGAGAAGAAUAGCUGGAUUUUUGGUAGGGAAUGCAAGGAUGCACAUACGCUCUACAACUCUAUUAAGAAUGUGGUGAGGGAGAGGGCUAUGAACCUUAGCAAGAUCAUAAAGAAUACCUACAAUAGAAGACUUGCCGAGAAAUGGGGUCUCCCCAUGUCUAUUUUUAAAACAUCCCAUGGGAGGUAA